CAUCCAACCACAUCAUAUCACUCCACUCCACAACAUCUAACGUCUCGAUCUGGGCAAUUCGAUUGAAAUCUCAACUGCGAAUCACACACAUAUACGCUCGCAAUCAUGUCAGACGGUAUCAUCAGAAAGCCCGACAAGGACUUCUCUUCAGAAGUUGACAAACAGCUUCCCGAAGCUGAGAAGCUUGCCCAGACAAAUGUACAAGCUGCAAUCGAGAAGCUCACAGCGUUGGAGAAGCAAACAAGACAGGCGUCAGAUCUCGCAUCCACAUCCCGAAUCCUCGUAGCGAUAGUCACACUCAGCAAGGAAUCUGGGGAUUGGAGUUUACUGAACGAACAAGUCCUGCUACUCUCCAAGAAGCAUGGCCAACUCAAACAAGCCAUCACCAAGAUGGUGCAGGUGGUUAUGGAAUUCAUCGAGUCGGCGCCAGACAACGAGACCAAGUUGUCCGUCAUUGAGACUCUACGGACAGUUACGGAAGGCAAGAUCUUCGUUGAGGUGGAGCGGGCUCGUGUUACCAAGAUUCUGUCGGACAUGAAGAAGACUCAGGGCGACCUCAAGGCCGCGGCUGAUAUCCUGUGCGAGCUUCAAGUCGAGACUUUUGGGUCGAUGGAGCGAAGAGAGAAGACAGAGUUUAUCCUAGCACAAGUUGCGCUCUGCAUAGAGAAUGAGGAUUGGACACAGGCUGGAAUUCUAAGCAGGAAGAUCAGCACGAAAUACCUGUCGAGAAAGCCGAAGAAGAGCGAGGAGCAGCUGGCCAAGGAGAAGAAGGAGCGCGAGAAGAAGAGAGACAAGGGAGAGGAUAUCCCCGAGCCAGUCGAGGAUGAUGUUACGGAUUUGAAGUUGCGAUACUAUGAGCAGCAGAUCACCCUGGCGAAGCAUGAUGACAAGUAUCUGGAUGCUUGCAAGCAUUACAGGCAAGUUCUGGAUACCGAGGCUGUUGAGGAUGAUCCUGCAAAGCUGCAGCCAGUUCUCCAACGAAUCAUCUACUACGUUAUCCUCGCCCCGUAUGACAACGAACAAUCCGACCUCCUCCACCGCGUCUUCCGCGACACCCGCAACAGCCAAGUGCCUCUCGAAGCCCAACUCCUCAAGCUCUUCACCGUCCACGAACUCAUGCGCUGGCCCGAGGUUUCCAAGCUCUUCGGUCCCCACCUCUGCGGCACUGACGUCUUCGAUGCUACAGCCAACCAAUCUGCCGACAAGAAGGCCCACCAGCGCUGGGAAGAUCUCCGCAAACGCGUUAUCGAGCACAACGUCCGCGUUGUCGCAAAGUACUAUACCCGAAUCCAGAUGCCCCGCCUCACACAAUUGCUCGAUCUUACAGAAGACGAGACGGAGAAGUACAUCAGCGAGCUGGUCACUGCGAAAACGGUAUAUGCGAAGAUCGAUCGUCCUGCCCGGAUUGUUAAUUUCGCGAAGCCAAGGGAUGCUGAUGACGUGUUGAACGAGUGGAGUGCGAACAUGAAGAGUCUGUUGGGUCAUUUAGAGCGUAUUGAUCAUCUGAUCACCAAGGAGGAGAUGAUGGCGAGGAUUCAGCCGACCAAGGCUCCUAAAGCUGGAAAGACUGGGAAGGCGCAUUAGAGGGUUAUGCUGGGGCGAAAGCUAUGUGUCGCUGAUAUGAUGGUGGUUGGGAAAAUGAUACCGCUGUAUACUAGUCUAGAAUCGAGGUAUCGAAUGCAAUGCAUAUACAAGU